AUGAAGGAUGUGGAAGGGAUGUAUUACAUCUUCUUGGCCGUCGAUCACGACAGAUUGCCACCGAACAGGCAUCUCUCGACCGACCUGUUCGAUUGCUGCGGGGACGUAUUCUUGCUCAAGAUGGUCAACUGGCCGGAAAAACGCGCGGCCGAUUACGCCGAUCCGAUCGACUGCUUACGACAUCUGAGGCACGAAUACCUUUUCCCGGAGUAUGCGGAUGUGGACGAUCGGGUUCUGGAGAGUGAUCUGUUGGCGGCGACGGUCAGGGAGUUGCUCCGCGGGGCGGUCUUGGCGAUGAGGAAUCGGGGUGAGAUGGUGGAUGAGGAUAAAUAUCUCCCACCCUAUCACGGAACGCCAUCUGGUAAGGAAUCAUCUUUUUCUGCAAAUGUGCACGAUGAGCCGGGGCACGAUGGUACGGUAUCCUCGUCUCCCAGGGGCGCGGGGGAGCUUCAGGAGGACUAG